AUGGGCCGAACAUUCAAGAAUAUAACCGUGAGCGUGACUGGUGAAUUUGGACCCAUUUCCGAUAAAUUCAAGCAAUGGGUUGAAGCCAACGGUGGAAGUUUCUCCAAGGAGGUCAACAGCGGAGUCACCCAUUUGCUAUCUACAAAGGGAGCCUUCAAGGCGAACAACAACGCUGUUUCUUCAGAUUGGUUGGAAGACUCUCUUUUGUCAAAAUCUCGACGCCCCAAGCGUGAAGGCCCAUAUCUAUGGUCUCAAUUGACUAAGAAGGCAAGGAAAACAUCGCCUGGACAGAAAAAAGCGGAUAAAGAUGCCAAAACAAAGCAGAUAAACGGUCUAUAUAAAACCCUCUUUAGACGACCCUAG